AUCUUUUACACGAAAGUAAAAAAAUAAUUAUGACUAAAAGAAUUCUAAUAGCUGCCUAAUUUUCUCUGUGUGCGCAAAAUCACAAAUCACACGCAUCUCUCUACUGUUCAGUUUCGUGUCUAUAUAUCAUCAUCACACAAAAGAUUAGUCUUGGUGAUCUCAUUUCAGUGUUAUAGCUUUCAAAAGCUUAUUAAGAAGCAAGCAAAACCCAAAGAAGAAACCACCAAGAUUAGCAGCAAUAGCGAUUUCAUCUAUGUGACGAAAAGGAGCUCAAUUUCGUAUCUCUGUAUCUAUCUGGUUACCAAAUUGAUCAUCUUUUUGGUUGUGCAGAUUUGGGGUGUGAGAGAAAGGAAUCUGAAAAAUGGCGGUGUCGCUUUUAUCGAAGUUAAGGUGUAUCACAGUAGAUGUUACUGGUACGCUCAUAGCAUAUAAAGGAGAGCUUGGUGAUUACUAUUGUAUGGCUGCUAAAGCUAUUGGUUUGCCUUGUCCUGAUUAUAAACGAGUUCAUGAAGGCUUUAAACUAGCUUAUACAGAUAUGGCUCAAAAGUAUCCUUGUUUCGGUUUUCAUGCCAAAAUGCCAAACAUUGUUUGGUGGAAAACUUGUGUUAGAGAUUCCUUUGUCAAGGCAGGAUAUGAGUAUGAUGAGGAGACAUUUGAGAAGAUUUUUAGGCGAAUCUAUUCGACGUUUGGCUCUGCUGCUCCUUACUCUGUGUUUCAAGAUUCGAGACCGUUUCUAAGAUGGGCACGAAGUCAAGGGCUUAUAGUCGGACUUGUUAGCAAUGCGGAGUACCGUUAUCAAGAAGUUAUCUUACCUGCCUUAGGUUUGAACAAGGCAGAGUGGGACUUUGGUGUGUUCUCUGGAAUUGAAGGGAUAGAGAAACCAGAUCCGAGGAUUUACAAGCUUGCGCUAGAGAGAGCGGGGAAUAAUAUUGCGCCUGAAGAGGUUUUGCAUAUUGGAGACAGUAUGCGCAAAGAUUAUGGUCCGGCCAAGAGUAUAGGGAUGCAUGCUUUGUUGCUUGAUAGGUUUAAGACAGAAGCUGCUAAAGACUGGACUGAAGCUGGAGCUAUUGUGCUUCCUGAUUUGGUUGCUGUUCAACAACUUUUGGAGUCUGAUAAGUUGAAAUGUUAAAAAUGAGACAUCUCUAAGUAUGAAAAUCUAAUGUAUUGUAGUAUUGCACAUGUUGUCUCCUUUUUCCUGGUUUGAUAAAAAGAUAAGUUUCAACCUCAA